CUGUGCAAUUACUUCUCAUGUACCCAGCACUUUGAUUGCAGUCAACAUAAACAAUGGAUCUGCGUGUCUUUUCAAAGUUUGUAAUAUGGAUGUUAGUGGUGACCAGCGCUAAUUGCUUUGGGCAGGACAAUAACAAGAUCUUUCGUUUAGCUUCCAAACUUUGCAAAAGAUGGCUGUCUUCUCCAAUGACGAAAAAGAACUACUUUUACUGUUUCGAGGACAAAUGUAAAUGCAGCGGCCCUAGAGCCGAUUGUUCUCGGAAUUAUGGAAAACUCACCUUCAUUCCAGAACUACCGGACGAGAUAAGAUUCUUAGACCUUUCUUUUAACAACCUGACGGCAGUCGACAGGGCAGAAUUCUUCCACAACGUCACCAAUAUUCUGUAUCUUGACAUGAGGAAUAACAAACUUCGGUAUAUUCACCCUCAAGCCUUCAGUGUUUUCAGUCAAUUGAAAGACUUACUCUUAGAUUACAAUGAUGAGCUCUGCUAUUCGGAUAUUCAGCCUGUUUUCUCCGUCAACACACUACAGUGGAUUAACUUUAAACACGGAUCACUAGGGCCUCUACCUACUGAUUUCUUCCACACAUCGUCCUCGCCAAACCUUCGUUGCAUUAUGUGGCACGAAAAUGACAUGAGAUUCUUAAACUUUACAGAUUUCAAGCCUUUAAGGAACCUGACAACACUCGGACUUUCUUGGAAUAAACUUUCUAGAGUACAGCCCGAUUACAUGCCUAAUCUUAAACAACUACUGCUUGCUGGUAACGACAUAUCGGAAUUUCCAACAACCUGCGGUCCUCAAGAAGCAGCCUACUUCCCGCGAUUAGAGAAGCUGAUUCUCUACGACAACAGGCUUUCUUCUCUCACUCAGAAGAUAUGCUUACCUAACCUAUCAAGUCUAGUGUUAGGUAAGAACCGCUUCACAGUAUUUUACACUGACAUGUUCAGCAACCAGCAUUUUCCUAGUUUGGUUGAACUUCAUUUAGAUUCAAUGAUCACGGGUCAACCGGAAAUACAAAGAAGAGCUUUUAAUCAUACUUUGCUGUCGAUUAUUACAAUGAUGAAAAACGAGAUAAGUUUUCAAAAAGACAGAGUUCAUGCAGAAAGUUUUGAGGGUUGUCCAGUGCUAACGUAUCUGGGUUUGAACGACAACGAAUUCAGAGGAGUGGACGAUGAACGAUUUCUUCAGCUGUUUGGUAAUUUGAGAAAUUUAAAAUCCUUGUUCCUCGGGAAGUCGUCGAUUUUACAAGUGACGCCGAAAACAUUUGCUAGUUUCAAGAAGCUGCGAACAUUGUAUCUUUAUGAUAAUGACUUGAGCGCUCUUCCAGAUGGUGUAUUUGAUAAAAACAAUUUAAGAGAUUUAAAACUGAGCAGGAACAAAUUGAGAGAGAUAUCGCCCUUGACAUUUAGUGAGUCUACUCUGCGCAAACUGAAGAAUCUUGAUAUUAGCGACAAUCUUUUCUCGUGUACUUGUGACCUGAUUUGGCUUCGUGACUGGUUGGUAACAAAACCAUCGUUAAUCGCUGCAUCAAAGGGCAGUUAUAACUGCUCUGACAAAGAGAAUUUCACUAUCCUGUCGUUUCACCUUCCUGAUCAGGCUUGUCUGAUGAGUUCUGAUGCCUACAAGUUGAUAGUAGUUUGUGUAGGUAUGGUUAUCUUCAAUCUAACAAUAUUGGCUUCACUGUACCGCUACCGCUGGCACAUUCGUCUCGUUCUGUACGAGACAUUUCGAAACAGGUCUGGCGAGAGAAGGAGACGUCUGCAGGAUCAGGUGUACAACUAUGACGUCUUUGUGUCGUACGCCGAGGGAGACUUGCGGUGGGUGCAGACGAGACUGAUGCCGGAAGUGGAGCAGCGACUGGGAUUGCGGCUGUGUGUGCAUCAACGUGACUUCCUUGCGGGUAAGAACAUCGUCGACAACAUCGUGGACAGCGUCAACGACAGCAAAAAGAUUCUGAUGGUGUUCUCCACUAACUUUGCUCGCAGUCACUGGUGUCAGUUCGAGCUGGCGUUCUGUCUCCGUCAUGCUCUGGAAAAGGGCGAUGAUCUGAUCGUCGUGUGUUUGGAGGACAUUUUGUCACGUGACCUGACUAGCAUUAUGAUGGCGAUGUUAAAAACGAACACCUACAUUCAGUGGCCAGACCAUCCUCAAGGCGUGUCCUCGUUCUGGAGACGUCUUCAACUUGCGCUGCAAGAAAUACUUUCCCUUCGUGUUCUGGAAGAACCUACACCUGUCACACAACCAAUGGAUGCGAUACUGUUCUCGUGGUUCGCUUUUCUGAUGUCCCUGGCGAUGAGUGUUGACUGUACCUUGUACAACAGUGAAAACCAAGACCAAGAAACAACGUACGUUGCCUGCAACACCCGGUUGUCCUUGCCAACAACUGGGUGGCACGACUGUUUCGAGGAAAAGUGUAAGUGCGCCGGUGACAAAGCGGACUGUUCUCGAAACUACGGGAACCUGAAGUUUGUGCCCAAACUCCCAGACAGUAUCAGAUUUUUGAUUUUUUCAUACAACAACCUGACAAGCAUCGACAGGGAAGACUUUUUUGAAAAUGUCACGAACAUCGAGUUUCUAGACCUCGGUGACAACGGACUGCGAUACAUUCACCCUCAAGUGUUUUCUGUGCUCCGGCGACUGCGCAGUUUGUUCUUAGACUACAAUGACCAUCUUGACUACCCGGAUCUUCAGCCUGUGUUCACGACCCGCACCCUAGAGAGACUGGACUUGAAACAUGGCUCAUUAGCAUCUCCUCCCCCGGAUCUCUUCCACAGAUUUCCCAUGCAUCGCCUUCAGUGUAUCUCCUGGAAUCAAAAUUACCUGACAUUCCUGAACUUUUCAGUUCUCAGACCUUUGGUGAACCUGGAAAAUAUUAAAGUUGGUAGCAAUUUGAUUUCGGGUGUGAAAAGCGAUUUCAUGCCCAGACUUAAAAAAUUAUUUCUUCCUAAAAAUGCGGUUCAAACCUUUCCAGAAACGUGUAGUCCUAAUGGAACAUCCUAUUUCCCGAGUUUAAUGAACCUGUUUCUUAGUGAGAAUAAUCUGUAUUCACUGACGAGGAAUAUUUGUUUGCCGAAGUUAAAAAUGCUAGCUUUGAGUGGAAACCGCUUUACUUCAAUCUACAGUGGAAUGUUCAGUACACAUCGUUUUCCCAGUUUGGUGGAAAUUUAUGUGGAGUCUAUGAACCAGCACCAGCUUGCAAUACAGAACAAGGCCUUUAACAAUACUUCAUUAGAAAGACUCUCUUUGAUGUACAACGCCAUAAAAUUUCAAGACGAAAUUGUGUCCCCAGAAAGCUUUGCUGGUUGUCCGAGGUUAAGAAAUUUGGUGCUGACCGGAAAUGUUUUUGCAGGAGUGGAUGACAAAAGAUUCCAUCAGCUGUUUGGGCACUUGACACACCUUGUUGCCUUAUUUCUCGGACAUUCAUUUAUCACACACGUGACACCCGAAACCUUUGCAAAAUUUAAAAGCCUUCAGAGACUCUACCUGUAUAACAAUAACCUGCAGGCUCUCCCAGAUGGCGUUUUUGAUGAAAACAAUCUGACAUUAUUAGAUUUGCAUGAAAAUAAACUCAGUGCGAUAUCACCUUUGACAUUUGGCGAACACACGAAACGACAACUGCAAUCUCUUGAUCUCAGUGAGAAUCUGUUGCCUUGUUCUUGUGAUCUGAGGUGGUUCCGUGACUGGCUAGUGGCACGACCCUCGCUAUUUGCUCAUUCACGAGGGCCGUACACGUGCUCGGAUAGACAAAACAUCCCCAUGGUAUCAUUUUACUUACCUGACCAAGCUUGUCUGAUGAGUACUGAUUCAUACAAACUCAUCAUUGCAAGCGUGUGUGUACUUACAUUUACUAUGAUGAUGUUAUCCUCGCUGUACAGCUACCGCUGGCACAUUCGUCUCGUUCUGUACGAGACAUUUCGAGACAGGUCUGGCGAGAGAAGGAGACGUCUGCAGGAUCAGGUGUACAACUAUGACGUCUUUGUGUCGUACGCCGAGGGAGACUUGCGGUGGGUGCAGACGAGACUGAUGCCGGAAGUGGAGCAGCGACUGGGAUUGCGGCUGUGUGUGCAUCAACGUGACUUUAUUCCAGGCAAGAACAUCGUCGACAACAUCGUGGACAGCGUCAACGACAGCAAGAAGAUUCUGAUGGUGUUCUCCACUAACUUUGCUCGCAGUCACUGGUGUCAGUUUGAGCUGGCGUUCUGUCUCCGCCAUGUUCUGGAGAAGGGCGAUGACCUGAUCAUCGUGUGUUUGGAGGACAUUUUGUCACGUGAUCUGACGAGCGUGAUGAUGGCGGUACUGAAGACUAACACGUACAUUCAGUGGCAGGACCAGCCAGAUGCUGCAGCCUCGUUCUGGGGACGUCUUGAAAUCGCGCUGCAGGAAAUUCUCCCUGAUCCUGCUUAACGAUGCAAAGGAAUGUUUAACAAUUCCUUAUUACUAUCACUGACUCUUCAGUCUGGUAGUAUUACUGGCUGCAGAAACCUCUGUAUCAUUUGUAAGAUCUAUUUCAAAAUUGGAAUACGUUGAAAUUAUUGUGUGAACUUCAGAAUUGUUAUUUGUUUUAUAGUCACUGUGAAUAAAUAUAAGUUUCUCAAGAUCAAAAGUGUUUUUCAUAGAAGAAUUAUCAGGUGGAUUAACACAAAUGAAAUACGUCAUUUUAAUGAUAAGCUCUUUUUAUCAAAUACAAUUCCGAUUGGGAAAAAAAUGAUGAAUAGUUUUUGACUUUAAUCACUGUGGACGAAAUACUAACACGUCUAACUGUUGCACUUACACGUGACUGUGAAGUUGUUCUUUUUCGUGGUGAUGAUAAAGAGAAGGUGACUUUGCGGUUACAAAAUAUUGUAUGGAAUACUGUACAGAUAGUUUUGCUGUCAUAUAGUUAUGUUGAUUAAACAAAAUUGUAACACA